ACAUGUUGCUUUUGAUAACUGCAACCGAACUAAAACUAAGUGAGGACAAAGUGACAGAUAAGUUAUCUGAUUUAUACUUACAUUUUGCAAACAUAACUAGAAACCAACAAACAACACUCAAAGUGCCGAAAUUAGUCAGCGUUCACAAUCAUUAAAAACUUGAGUGAAUACGGUGUCUGAGCGACCGCCCAAAUUUUAAGUGUUACGUCACUAUUUACUGCUUGCUGAAUAGAUAUUGUCACGGAAAUAAAAUAGGAAGUCAAGGAUCGGAAUUCGAAGCCUCUCACAACUUACGAAUUUCGAGUGGACGAGCGACGCAUUAGUUCUUCGUUGCCAUUUUGUUGAUCUUAACAUAAAACUAAAAUGAAGCAAAAAUAAAAUUUCAAUUGUUUAUCCAUUGAGUUUAUAUACCUCAAAGAUAUUAUCUGAAAACUAGAAUUGCUCGGAAGGUAUGGCGUUUGACCCUUGACCGGUUGACAGGGAAACAUGACGCUCUCAGGUAUACAAGUUAUUGAGGUCCGGGUCUAAAAAAGUCACAACUGUAACGUAAAUGUCCGCCAACCUUCAUAGUCAAUAUAGUCGGCAUGCUGAAAGGAGAAGCUGUUGAAAUCCUGUCCAAUGCUGGAUUUCAAGAACGGGACCCAAAUUCCGUGGUUAAUUUGGCUCGAGCAAAAAAGUCUGUUCGGUUUUCCUUCAUCAGAGCGAAAGAUGCAAACGCAGCAAGAAAUCAUUGUGCAGCCAUUGAAAUAUCGAGGCAUGUAAGGGGUUAUUUAUGUAGGAUUCAUCUCAAAGAACUUUUCUCUCAGAAUGAUGACAAUGUUGAAGAACCUGUACCUGUAAUAAAAGAAUUGACACAAAGUAGAGAUGUUGAAAAUGAAAUAUCGAUGGUCACUGAUCCAUCUUCAGAUAUUUCAAAACCAUCUGUAAAUAUUUCUGCUCAUUCAGAAAAAGAGCAGAAAACAUCAUCAAAUGACAUUGUUAAAACAAUAUCUAGUGAUACGACUGGGUAUGCUGCCACAACUGAUAAGACAGAUGGAUCUCUUGAAGCGGACAAGUCUACUUUGUCUGGGAUAACGUCAGGAACUGAGGGAAAAGAAAGUGUCAAAAUAUCAUCACCAAAACAAAUAAUUUCAAAGCGUGAUAAACUUAAUCAUCCAAGCCUUCAACAAACAUCAAUCAAACGUCAGUAUACAAGACCUCAAGCAGCUACUGUUAUACAAAAAGCAUGGAGAAGGCAUAUUGAUAUGCAAGUGUUUCGCUACUAUAGAGAUUUGAUUAAUUUCCGAAAACAAGGAAGUCCAGCUUUAAUGUUACGCUGUAUCAAUCCUGCUGAAGCAAAAUUACUUGAUGCCGCCACAGGAACACACAUCAAGUUUCGACUUGCCGGGGACAAAUUUCCACCAAAUAUAUAUUAUAAAAUAUAUACUCACCGACCUGUUGUGGAUAUGUGUGCCAACAGUCCCAAAGAUUAUACAAAUCCUGAUGCAAAACAGGCAACAUCAAAACAGAUUCAUACAAAAAACAUUAUAUAUCCUGAUACUGAAAAAGAUGGCUGGUAUAUGAGGGUGGAAAAUAAUGGAUGGAGGUUGGUUUCAGACAGAUUGAUUCAUGCAGCAAUGGACCCAACUACCUGGGAAACUUCAAAGAAGACAGUUGAGUUUCAUCACGACAAACUUGUAAGAAAAUCAGAUUUAGAAAGACGUAGAAGACAAAAGAAAAUAGCAUGGAUGCAUAAGAUGUACAAGCAAGGAAUGCUACAAGUAAAAAUAGAAGAUUCAGAAACAAGUGAAUUAGUAAAGAAAGCAGCUGAUGGUUUGAUAAAUACUGUUGACUCUCAUGGACCUGAUGGAGUAAUGGAUUGGGAGGUGGAUGAAUUAUUGCAAUGGACAACUGCCCUAAAUUUUGAUGAUUAUUUGGAAGGCUGGAAAGAGACAGCAACAAGUAACAUUUCGGAAUACGAGGUGGAAGAAAUGAUUUCAGCAAAAGCUUCUAAAUCCAAUAUUGCUUUAGAAAUGCAAUAUGAUCCUUAUCCACCAUACCCAGACCUUUCCAUCAAUAAAAAGGAACGUCCAACAUCUUACACAGCAAUGCAAGUUGAACAACCUUUACCAAACUCUUAGUUUUUGCAACACUGCCAACGUUCAUCACUAUUGAAAAUAAUCUGUAAAAUUUAAGGUUUUGUGAUCAUGGAUUGCGCAACUUUGUACUUACUUACCGUAAAUAAACUAAUGUAUUAUUGAAUACCAGUAUUUUUCGCAAACCUUGUUCUUCAUUAUGCAAGAUAUCAUUGUUAAUAAAAGAUUGCAGAGAAA